UUUCCGUUCUCAGGGUCCGGCGGGCGAGGUUAGCCGAGGCCGCCAUAUUGAAUAAGCAGUCCGGUCUCUUGGAGGGGGUUGGUGCCGUGCAGACAGUUCCGCAGAGCGGCUUCGGCGGCUCCAGGGGGAAGGUGACUCAUUCUACUCUUGUCCUUGACUGGGCGCCGUGUCUCACCCCGUCUCCGGAACCCCUGAAAGCCGGCAGCAAUAUGUUAAGGAUACCUCUAAAAAGGGCCUUAGUAGGCCUUUCUAAGUCUCAUAAAGGAUGUGUUCGGACAACUACCACAGCAGCAAGCAACCUAAUUGAGGUGUUUGUCGAUGGUCAGUCUGUGAUGGUGGAGCCAGGAACUACUGUCCUCCAAGCUUGUGAGAAGGUUGGCAUGCAGAUCCCUCGAUUCUGUUAUCAUGAAAGAUUGUCUGUUGCUGGAAACUGCAGGAUGUGCCUUGUUGAAAUUGAGAAAGCUCCUAAGGUUGUGGCUGCUUGUGCCAUGCCAGUAAUGAAAGGUUGGAAUAUCCUGACAAACUCAGAGAAAUCUAAAAAAGCAAGAGAAGGUGUGAUGGAGUUCUUGUUAGCAAAUCACCCACUGGACUGUCCUAUUUGUGACCAGGGAGGUGAAUGUGAUCUGCAGGACCAGUCCAUGAUGUUUGGAAGUGAUAGGAGCAGAUUUUUAGAGGGGAAACGUGCUGUGGAGGACAAGAACAUUGGGCCAUUAGUAAAGACUAUCAUGACCAGAUGCAUACAGUGUACUCGCUGCAUCAGGUUUGCAAGUGAGAUUGCAGGAGUAGAUGAUUUGGGAACAACAGGCAGAGGAAAUGAUAUGCAAGUUGGCACCUACGUUGAAAAGAUGUUCAUGUCUGAACUGUCUGGAAAUAUCAUUGAUAUCUGCCCUGUAGGUGCCCUGACAUCGAAGCCCUAUGCUUUUACUGCCCGCCCUUGGGAAACAAGGAAGACGGAAUCCAUUGAUGUAAUGGAUGCAGUUGGAAGCAAUAUUGUGGUGAGCACAAGAACUGGAGAGGUGAUGCGGAUUUUGCCGAGGAUGCACGAGGACAUCAAUGAGGAGUGGAUCUCUGAUAAAACCAGAUUUGCUUAUGAUGGGCUAAAACGUCAAAGACUUACGGAGCCAAUGGUCAGAAACGAAAAGGGGCUUUUAACCUAUACUUCCUGGGAGGAUGCACUCUCUCGUGUAGCUGGAAUGUUGCAGAGUGUUCAAGGCAAGGACGUGGCAGCAAUUGCAGGAGGCUUGGUGGACGCUGAAGCCCUGGUCGCUCUCAAAGACCUGCUUAAUCGAGUGGACUCAGACACCUUGUGCACUGAAGAGGUCUUCCCCACUGCGGGGGCUGGCACGGAUUUGCGUUCCAGUUAUCUUCUCAAUACUACCAUUGCUGGUGUGGAAGAGGCAGAUGUUGUCCUUCUGGUUGGUACAAAUCCACGCUUUGAGGCACCACUGUUUAAUGCUAGAAUUCGGAAGAGCUGGCUUCAUAAUGACUUAAAAGUGGCCCUUAUUGGCAGCCCAGUGGACCUUACUUACAGAUAUGACCAUCUUGGAGACUCCCCCAAAAUUCUUCAGGAGAUUGCUUUGGGUAGCCAUCCAUUCAGCCAGGUAUUACAUGAAGCCAAAAAACCAAUGGUGGUUUUGGGCAGUUCUGCACUCCAGAGAAGUGAUGGAGCGGCAAUUCUUGCAGCUGUUUCCAACAUUGCUCAGAAGGUUCGGACGAGUAGUGGUGUUACCGGUGAUUGGAAAGUUAUGAAUAUCCUUCAUAGGAUUGCAAGCCAAGUAGCUGCUUUAGACCUAGGCUAUAAACCUGGGGUGGAAGCAAUUCGUAAGAGCCCUCCCAAAGUGUUGUUUCUCCUGGGAGCAGAUGCAGGUUGUAUCACUCGGCAGGAUUUGCCAAAGGAUUGUUUUAUUAUUUAUCAAGGGCAUCACGGUGACAUUGGAGCACCGAUGGCUGAUGUUAUUCUCCCAGGCGCCGCUUACACAGAAAAGUCUGCCACUUACGUCAAUACUGAGGGCCGAGCUCAGCAGACAGGAGUAGCGGUGACGCCACCUGGCUUGGCGAGAGAAGACUGGAGAAUUCUAAGAGCCCUCUCUGAGAUUGCAGGUAUGACUCUUCCAUAUGAUACUCUGGAUCAAGUAAGGAACAGAUUGGAGGAAGUCUCUCCAAAUCUUGUUCGAUAUGAUGAUGUCGAAGGAGCCAAUUAUUUCCAGCAAGCGAUUGAGCUCUCCAAGCUAGUGAACCAGCAACUUCUUGCUGAUCCCCUGGUUCCACCUCAGCUCACAAUAAAAGACUUCUACAUGACAGAUUCAAUUAGCAGAGCCUCCCAGACAAUGGCCAAAUGUGUCAAGGCUGUCACAGAAGGUGCCCAAGCAGUAGAGGAGCCAUCCAUAUGCUGAGACAUCUACUAGGAGCCCCGUUUUGUUACAAAUAAUUAAUGGACAGUUAUGUUGGAGUGAUCUCCUACAGGUUUAUCUCUUUAAAAAAUGAUCCGCAUGAUGUAAUAUUUAAGGUCAUACCAUGCUUAUUUGAAAAUGAUACUGCAAUUAUUAGUGAAUUUUGAGGUUUCAGAAACACUUAUGCAUUGUGUGUAAACAUUAAAUAGUUUAAUGAACUUAUUUACAGAUGUCUUUCACAUAAAAGCAUUGGUAAUCUUUGUGACACAUACAAAGAAAACCCUUAAAAUACGAGUUUUUGUUUAUUUUCAUUGAUCAUUUGUGUUUGUAAAAUGGUCUUUCUUUCCAUUAGGACCCACUGUUUUUUAGUGCUAAUGAGAAGAUCUGAGCAUUCUGUCAAGCUGGGUAAAUAGAAAAUAUAUAUAUAAAUAUAAUCCUACAUCAGAUAUGUAUCUUGAACAGUUAUAACGAAUAAUUAUAAUAACGGUAGCUAAUGAUUAUUCAGCUUUUUCUGUGUUCUAAGCACUCUGGUUUUAUGUGUGUGUCUUGUUUUGUCCUUGCCACAACUUAGUGAGAUAGUGUUCUCUCAUUUUACAGAUGAAGAUACCGAAGCCUAGGGAUAUUUGAUAGCUUGCCCAAGGUCACAGCAAAGUCAAGGACUCCAGCUUAGUUCUGACUCCACAGCCCAUUGUUCUUUUCCUGCUACACAUAAUUCCCUCCUGUUAAUACAGAUCCUAUGGAUUAUUACUUUGAAGAAUUAGCAUUGAGAAUCAUAAUGGAUGGUCCAUUUUUCUGUUUUCUCUUGAAUCGGUUUCUAUGUCAUGGUGAAUUAUGUGACACCUUUCUCUGUGUAAGAGAUUAUGCACACACAUACACCACUCGCGUGAGGGAGUUAAGAGAUAUAAUUUAGGUCUUUAUUGAUGUACCAUGUUCAUUAUAUUAUUUUAACACCAUCCGUAGUUUUAAAUGAACUAAAUUAUUCCACUAAUAGAAAAAAAACUGAAAGCUUUCAUAAUUUUCAUUGUCAAAUCAAUAGGGAGGUAAAAAUUUUACAGUUAAUCUAGGAGAUAAUCUAAAGCCAUAUUAAAUUUUUUUCACAAUCUAUGGUCAGAAUCCUUUUAUUUUAUAAUCCUUACUCCUAUUUUCACUAUUAGCCCAAUUCUAUGAUGCAAUAUUCUUGAUACAAUAAAAGAUUUUAAAAAUAAUAUAAGUCAUUGAUACUUUAUCUUCAAAAAUUAUACAAAAUUUGUCACUUGUAUCAGCUUUUUCAGAACUGUUUAUCUUAAAGUAUUUAAAAUUCUAAGUUGCCUGAAAUUGUACAAAUUCUUGCUGAAAGUGUUUGAAUUCAACACAGACUUUCUGUCUCUCUCUUCUUUACCCCUUAGCACUGUAGCUGACCUUGAGGGGGCAUAUGCUGCCAGUUUUGUGUUUUACACAGUACUUUGCAGUGAAUGUAGAUUUCAUAGGCUUGUUGGUGAGAGAACAUUGUGUUCAAGUGGAGAAGAGGUGCAUAGAACCAAAAUGGUCCAGUAUCUGUGGGCUGCCAUCUAGGCUGUGUAUGUUGAACUUCUAAUUCUAUAAUUACCCUGCCUGGGAUAAGUAGUGCUCAAUAAAAUUGGCUGGUUUUUACAUAAAGUAAAUAUGCAAGCCUAUCUAAUGAAUGUCUGUAAGUCAUGUAAUGCUUAAUAGUAACGUUAUUGUGGACAUAAAUAUUAAGGGUCAUUGCUAAGGGGAAAAAAGAAUUUCUGAAGAAGAGCUCCCAGAUAGAAGAGAAAUACAUAAGGUGAGACUAACCUAGCUGAUGGAAUUAUGAUUCUGAGUAAGGAAAGAGUCAGCAAUGAGAAGGUCUACAAGGGCUCAAGGCCAAGUCCCUUUGGGUAAAGAAGGCAGUCUGGAAAUACCCAGGAAGAAUGAUACUCAUUUACACUUGAUCUUAGCCAGAAGGCUAAGAAGCAAUAGGAAGAAUAAUAUCAUUUAAAGAGGACCUUCUAAAUAUGUGUCACUAAAGCUUGAAGUACAUUAUGUCUAACUUUCACCAAAAACCUGCAACUAAUAGGUUUUGAGAUCCAGAAAAUAUCAACUAACUUGCAUUUUAAAGCUCCAGAGUCAGAGAUUAAAGGUAAGGGCGUUUAAAUAUGAGAUAUUUUUAUUGUCCCAUGUUGCCUCAAAUAUAAACCAUUUGGACAGUUAUGAAAAUUGAAUCCAUGUACAAGAAAAAUCUUUAUGCCUAAGCUCCGUACAGAAUGCUCCCCAAAUUUAUUGUGAAUUGUAUAAUAACGAAUACAUUAAUAAAAAGUAUUAUGCCUUCUUAAUUAUA